AUGUAUCAACAGUUUAUUAAAGAAUUAUCAAACCAAGUGAAAUUCCAUCCACACAUAUUAAAAUUCUUUUGCGUUUCACGAGGUUGCUAUAAUAUUUUUCUAUCAAAUUCUAAGUUAGUCAAUUAUUUCGAAGAAAUGACUUUAUAUGAUAAGCUGUGCUUUGCUUGGGAAAUUGCGAGUGGAGCUUCUGAAACCAUUUUAGUUCAUCGUAAGAGAAUUAAAGUUGCAGAUUUCGGACUAGCAAGGAAGUUAGAUGAUUCUACAAAUAAUAUAAUAUGUGGAAGAGCUGCCUACUUUGAUCCAUAUUCAUAUAAUUACGGGAAACCUGGGAGACCACGUAAUGAAAAAUCUGACAUAUAUAGCCUUGGUGUUCUAUUUUAG